GGGAGAUGAUGACGACACACCCUUCAGGAAUUAGGAAGUGAAAGUGUGUAAAAAGUAUUUGGGACAUUCCUGUAUUCCUGUUAGUCAGUGAGGAUAUCUAUUGCCUUAUUGAAGUCACAGCUUCACCUUCAGCAAAAGACAGCCUGCUGCUAUUAUUGCUGUUUUCAGAACUUGAUGAACAGAACAACCCGAGGAAAGGACAGCCCUGAUUUUAACCCUCCACUGCCUUGUGGCCAUAUCCAACCAUGGGAAAAGCUGUGGAAGUAAAUCCAGACAGAAAAGCCGGAGUGGAGUCCUGAAGGCAAAACUGAACAUUCUUGAAGAAAUCCACAAAGUGAGACAGUGUGGAAUGCAGUUGACCGACACAGAGGCUGUUAGAUUGUUGUCCAAUAGUGCUGUCCUCCAGUGUGGAUGAAAAAUGAAUUCUUUCCAUUAGCUGCUUGUGUAUACAGAAAAUCCCUCAUGUACGUCACCUGGCCAGGUGUGGCUCCGCCCACUGCAGAAGGCUCCGGCAGGAAUGUGUAUUCAGUUUGCAGCUCAGUAACUGGCAGCUGUAACCCUAUACACUUCUCCUCAAAGCCACACUUGUCUCACAGCCAGGUGACUCUGAAUGCAACUCCAGGGAGUUUUAAGGGGUUUCUGCUGGAAGCGAGGCUGGUGGGAGGGAACAGUGCUGUUGGUUCCUUCAGUGUGGUGGACUCAAAUUCCCAGUUCCUGACCUGCUCUGGAGUGUCUAACUCCGCUGUGUCCCACACAUCAGGAAGCUCAAAAUCACAAAUCCAAAGUACAUGGAAAGCACCAACAUCUGGCAACCUCAACAAUAUCGAGUUCAGGGUCACAUUUGUCCGUGAUUAUAACGCCUUUUGGGUGGGAGUGAAGAGUGCAAUGAUCACCUACAUCGGCACAGCGACUGGUGCCACCUCCUCCAGUAUCUCCACCUCCUCCACCUCCUCCAGUAUCUCCAGCACAGGCUGUGGGAGCAGUAAGACGUGUUUAAGCGAGCCGACUGACUGCGACCCUUCCACCAACUCUGACUGCUACUUCAUGUCUGCCACGCCCCUGUCCUCAGGGUCUGGGUUCAUGUUGGAGCUCUCUGGCCGUGUGGCCGGCUACAUCGCCAUCGGCUUCUCAGAUGACAGAAAGAUGGGGAAUGAUGACAUCUAUAUAUGUGGGAAGGACAUGAACGGGGUGAUCCAGGUACAGCACGCAUUCUCAAGAGGAACUACAACACCGACCACCAUCACUCUGGGGAAUGUGACGGUGAUUAAUACAUCUCAGAGUAAUGGUGUGAUCAGCUGUUCCUUCACAUCCAGAAACAUCAUCAGGACCACCAGGAGCUCCACACACUCCAACAACUACUACAUCUUCCUUGCUAACGGUGCCACCAGCAAUGGUGUGAUCCAGAUCCACACCACCAGACCCUUAAUUAGCAGCGCUAAGGUGGACCUCAACAACCCUCAAACGCUCAUACAUCAGUCGGGGUUCCCACCCAUCGUUAAAGCUCACGGUUGUUUGAUGGUGAUUGCGUGGAUGACCCUGGGCAGUAUGGGAAUGCUGAUCGCACGCUUCCUGAAGAGAUUGGCCCCGGGCCAGAGGUUCUGUGGGAGAGACCUAUGGUUUGUGGCUCAUGUGUUGCUGAUGUUGCUCUCAGUUGCAGCAACCAUCAUUGCCUUUAUCCUGAUAUUUUCAUACGCACAGGACUGGAGUGGGGGAGCUCAUCCAGUCCUGGGCUGUUUGGUGAUGAUCCUCAGUCUCGCUCAGCCAAUCGGUGCCAUGUUCCGCUGCUCACCACAGGACGAGAGGAGAUUUAUCUUUAACUGGGUUCAUGCCAUCAAUGCACUCGCCAUUAAAGGGUUAGCAGUGGCCGCGAUCUUCACCGGCCUGCUGCUGGUUGACAGCUCCGAUUGGCUGCUGAAGGUGAUGGGCGGAUUUGUGGCCUGGGAAGCACUGAUCUUUCUCUGCCAAGAUUUAUACCACAGAUGCAUCCAGAAAGAUAUGGAUGAAGGCAGUGUUGGUGGGGUGGGUACAGGCAUGCUCCUGCUGAUGUUCUUCUUUGGAAACCUGGCGUUCCUGGUGGCGCUGCUUGUCGGAAUUGGAAAAGCCUGAUUACGGAAGCAAUAUCUGCACUUCUGAACCAGUUCUUUUAAAAAAGCACAGUACACACACGCACACACACACUGAAAUGGGUUCGUUUAUGUUUGUACUCAUUUCAGUAAUUUAUCCACUGGUGGUGUGAAGUUACUGUUUCCACCUUGCAGUUGUUUAUUUUCCUCUAACAGCAUGUCAAAGUGUUUUAUAUGUUUUAUACCACAGCAACUUGCCAACAAUUCCAAUUUAUCAUUUAUUAAGCUAUACUUUGUCCAUGAGACAAGUUUGUUCCUGUUCUUACUUACACUAUAGCAGCUAUAAACAGUCCUUCCCUCACUAGACUCUGUUUAUUCUCUCUGUCAAGUUAGUUUGGGGGAAGCCAUGGCCAAAUAAUGCAACAGUUUUGGGACCAAAAGGUUGCUGAUUCAAUUCCCUGAACCAGCAGGACUGGCUUAAGUGCCCUGGAACAAGGCACCUUACCCCCAACUGCUCCAGCAAGUGUGGUGGUGUACCUUGUGUCUGAUUCGCCAAAGAAAACCUGAUGAUGUGAUUAUCAGUUCAGGCAAGAACCCAGCCAUAACAAAUAAUAAAAACAAGUUAAUAAGACAAAAAAAAAAAAAAAGAUUGAGCUUGAUGAGAGAACUGACUGAAGAUCAGUAUCAGGAAAAAGAAGUGUGUGUGUGUGUGUGUGUGUGUGUGUGUGUGUGUGUGUGAGAGAGAGAAUUACUGCUUUAAUCAAAAUAUUUGCCAUGAGGUUAUUGUAUUCAGAAAGGAGGACGCAAACAUCCAAUUUUUUUUCCAUUGUUGUUUUUUACAUAAGCACUCUUUUAUUUUUCCUCAUAAUUGAACCACAUCUGUGCAACUGAACAAAUGAAAGAUGUCAUUGCUGUCAAUUAUAUUUCUGCCUUUAUUUUGUCCUAAGGGUGGACAUACUUUUGCACCCAACUCUAUAUAUCCUAUAGAAUAGAGCACUGCAUAUUUAUGAGAUGUUUAUUCUGUAUUUGACCCAACAACUACAUCUACAGGUGUAUAUUAUCAACAUAAUGUAUCCUGUCAACUUCAUCAUCAUUUAUUAUUA